CGUUGGCGGCGAUGACGGACUACAGCGAGGAGCAGCGCAACGAGCUGGAGGCCCUGGAGUCCAUCUACCCGGACUCGUUCACGGUGUUGUCAGAAAAGCCAACGACUUUCACAAUUACUGUGACAUCGGAAGCAGGUGAAAACGAUGAAAAUGUCCAAACAACCCUUAAGUUUACCUACAGAGAAAAAUACCCUGAUGAAACUCCCCUUUAUGAAAUUGUCUCUCAGGAGAAUCUUGAAGAUAAUGAUGUCACAGGCAUAAUAAACCUGUUGGAACAGCAGGCAGAAGAAAAUUUGGGAAUGGUAAUGAUCUUCACUCUAGUGUCUGCAGUACAGGAGAAAUUAAAUGAAAUAGUGGAUCAAAUAAAAACACGAAGAGAAGAGGAAAAGAAACAGAAAGAAAGAGAAGCAGAAGAAGAGGAGAAACAACGCUUUCAUGGCACUCCUGUUACAAUCGAGAAUUUUCUGAACUGGAAAGCAAAGUUUGAUGCGGAACUCUUAGAAAUAAAAAGAAAAAAGAUGAAAGAAGAAGAACAAGCAGGCAAAAAUAAAUUAAGUGGGAAACAGCUGUUUGAAAUGGAUCACAACCUUGAUACAUCUGACAUCCAGUUCUUGGAGGAAGCUGGAAACAGCGUGGAAGUUGAUGAAUCUUUAUUCCAAGAAAUGGACGAUUUAGAGUUGGAAGAUGAUGAAGAUGACCCUGACUACAACCCUGUUAAUUUAGAUAGUGAUUAGACUUUUUUUGAACUGGCUCUGUCAUCAGUAUGGACUUAUGUAAGGAGAGAGAAAAACCACAGCAUCUGUGGUUGUAGUAAUGUUAUUGAUUUUCCUUUUUUCAAAGAAGAAAAAGUAUUUUACAUCUAGGAGUAUGGUCUUCUGAUGUCAUCAUCAUAAAUAAAUUGACUUAUAUUUCACAUUAAAAACCUGAGGCAUACUCUCCUGAUUUUUUUUUUUCCCUCCACUUCUUUAAGCAUCCUCUGAAGAGAAGUGACAGCAAACAAGAAGAAAAGAUGGCAUGGUGAUUGUUAAACACACCUGCAUCCAGAAGCUGAGUUCUGCUAUCUUCUUUGUAGGAUACGCAUUGGAAAGUUUAUUGAGUAGAACAGUUUAUGUGCUGUGCAGGAUUUUUUCUUUGAAAUUUUAUAAUGCAAUAAAAGAUGGUCACUUCUGAUAGCCCAGAUUAUUAGCUGAACAACUGUAGAUAGACAGCACUAGUCAUUUUUUAAUAAGGCAUAUACUUUUUAAUGUUAAAUGGAAACCACUUACAUGUUAGAGUGAAAUUUUGUUUGCCACAGCUUCAAAAUGAAACGGUUGAUUUCAAAAUG